AUGUCCAAAAUCCUGAUUUUAACGGCACUGAUUGCCGCUGCGACGGCCUUGCCGUUAAACUCAGCCCCAACGGCUCUUGGCAUCGACUCCACGCACAAAUUAACGGACAGAAUCGCGAGUUGUCUGAAGAAAGGGGGAGUUUCGGCCGCCUUCUUCCAGAUCUCCGACAGAGUUGGCAACGAUUUGACGGGCGUGGAGAAUGCGAAGAUCGCGAAUAACGGUAGGAUUUAUACGUAUAGACCUUUUGCAGGACAAAAAACGUACCAUUUAGCAUCCGGAAAGCAUCAAAAAAUGUGGCAAAAUACCUCCCUGUCCAUCUAAAAAACUCCGUUUUGAAGGGCACGCCCUUAUUAAAGUUUUUUUCACUUGGAGAGGGAGGUAUUUUGCCACAUUUUUUGAUACUUCCCGGACUCAAAAUGGUACGUUUUUUGCCACUGGAUCAGGUCCGUCACUAUACUUAUCAGCCUGGAGGGAAAAUAAUGAGCACAAUGUCGCUGCGACGAUCAUGUCGCUGAAUCAAAAAAAAUUGAUUUUUACAGCGAAAAAAUUUAUUUUUUCUGCGGCAAUGCGAUUUUGGAUGCCAUAAAAUGCCCAUUAUUUCCCCGACAGACUCAUAUCAGUCUGUCGGGAAAAUAAUGUGGACUUCGCAGCAAAAUGUCUCGCUUUAAUCUCCGCGUAGCUGGACGAUUUCAAGACGCGAUAAGACCACAUUAUUUUCCCGACAAGUAAUGCUUGUGAUAGGUAAUGCUUGUAAAACUUUUAGCUGGUCUAAAAAUCGAAUUUUUCGUCACCCCCAAGAUUUUCGGCGGGUAUGCAGCUCAACAGCUGUACGAUGUGGCCGACUUCGCCCAGCGCCAUGGAAUCAACCUUACCCGAGUCUGGCUCAAAGCGACCUCGCCGGUGAACUGGGAGAACUUUCAAGGCAAUAACGUCAAUUUCAUCAAGGACUUUGUUUUGGCCGCGUCGGUGAGUAAAUAGACGUUAAAAAAAGAGGGAAACGAGGGCAUCAAACAGAGGAAGUACCUCAAGUGUGACGCUCAGAUUUUGAAGAAACUUGGCACAAAUUUAAAACAAUUUUUUCGAAGGUAUAUGCGAAAAUUCUAGAUCGCGAUUUUGCAGAAACAACAGAGAUUUUUAGUUCGAAAGUCGGCGAAAAUUUGAGACUUUUUGUCAAAUUUCGCCACGAAAAGUUUCGUACCUAUUUCUACCGUAAAGGGUAAUAUUUCCACAAAAAAUCAAUUUUUUCUGCACGAAACUAGCAAAGUUAUGGCCAAAAAGGAUUUUCCUCUGACCGCUCUCCGCAUUUUGCCUACUCUCUCGGCCGCAAAGAUCGUUGAAUAUCUCGGCUUUGCCUUCAAAGUGCGAGCUAAAACUUUGAGGAAUUGAUAUAUGGUCUACGUAAAAUGUGUGUGAAAAAUUUCAAGGAAAUCUGUGAAAAAAAAAUUUUUUUUUAAAUUUUUUUUGUAAAUAAAAAAUUUAUUUUUCUUUCAAAGAUAAAAAUUGCAGGUUGUUUCUGCAAGGCGCAAGCUAGAAAUCUUGCAAAAAAAUUACUUUUUCAGGUGCGUAAGAUCAAAGUGGGCCUCUUCACCAACUGGUACGACUACAAAGAGAUCACCGGCAACUCGCCGCUCUUCGCCAACCACGAUCUUUGGUAUUGGCACGCGUUGGGAGCGGGCGCCAGCGCCGAAACCUCCAAAGAUUUCAGCGAUUUCCGCACCUUUGGCCCAUUCCGCGGCUGGCCCUUGGCCAAACAAUACGGGAUCGAGGAGAGCGUCUGCAACUACCAGACCAAUGUCAAUGUGUUUGCUGCAUCAUCGUUGGCUUCGAACAGCGAUAACAGCAUUCCAAUCGGAGAGGGCGCGGCUUUUAUCAAGGGCAAUUAG